AUGGAUCAUCUCUCCGUUAAGCUAGGUGAGGUCAACUCUGUCAAAGCCAGAGCCAUUGAGGAUGCCCGCCAGCGACAAAUAAGCAUCAUUGAGUCUGCCAAGAGGGCCGGCAAGGAUCCGCCCAAGUAUGUUCUGAUGGAGCUGAUCGGCAAAGGUAGCUUUGGCCGUGUGUACAAGGGGAAGAACUUGAGUACCGCAAAAGUUGUGGCUGUGAAGAUUCUUGACAUUGAUGAGAGCGAUACGGCCAAUCCGCGAACUGCUGAUUCAUACAGCGAAUUUCUCAAAGAGGUCAACGCGCUAAAGAUUCUGAGCGAGAACAAGGCGCGCAACAUUAACCAUGUUAUUGAGGCUUUGCCAGUGGACCAGACGAUGUGGAUUGUCACCGAGUACUGUGCAGGGGGCAGUGUGGCCACGCUGAUGAAACCUACAGCUCCGGGCGGCCUUCAAGAGAAGUGGAUUGUUCCAAUCGUUCGAGAGGUCGCGGAAGCUAUCAAAUGGGUUCACAAAGCGGGCAUCAUCCAUCGAGACAUUAAAUGUGCGAAUGUUCUUAUUACAGAGAAAGGAGACGUCCAGCUCUGCGACUUCGGUGUAGCAGGCACUCUUGAGACUAAGCUGGACAAGAGAUCGACCUUUAUUGGGACGCUACAUUGGAUGGCCCCCGAGCUGUUUGAUUCUAGUCUAAGCUACGGUAAGGAGGUUGAUAUCUGGGCCUUUGGAGCUAUGGUGUAUGAAAUUGCCACGGGUCUUCCUCCAAACGUUUCCAGUGGUGUUCCGUACGAAAAUCUCGGCACGUAUCUAAAGACCCAUGCUCCAAGACUUGAAGGAGGAGAUUACUCGCAAGAACUACGGAGCCUAGUUGCCUACUGCCUCCAGGAGCUCCCAAGUGCUCGUCCCACAAUUGAGCAGGUUCAGAAGCACCCUUACAUAUACAACAGCAGCGCAACUCAUCCAACCUCCUCACUUUCGCAUCUAGUUCGGGCUUUUAAGGUGUGGGAAGAUCGUGGCAGCAAGAGGGAAUCCCUUUUCGCACCCGGCGGUGCCCAAAGCCCGUCGGAGACUCCGAUUGCUGACGAAUGGAACUUCAGCACAACCGCUGCUUUUGAUCAAAUGGUCUCCACUGAAUCUGCUUCUCAAGAAGUUUACGAGGCAUAUGGUACACAGGUAGAGCUUGAUUCGUCUUUUGAUCAAGAAGAAACCGUCAAGCUCCCACAGCAUCAGAAACCCUCCAGACGACGCCCUCCACCAGAAGCUUUGGCACCACUCAAGGCACCACUUGAAAAGGUCUUUGAUCCUAACACACUGUCAAGCUAUAACGACAACAGUCGAAAUCAAUAUCAUCGCUCAGUGCAGAAAUCCUCGUCUGACUUGCCACUACGAGACAACUCAGCACAGACAUCUAUCAAAGGCACAACGAUCGAUCUUGGCGGUCAUGACCCCGAUACUGGACUUUCAAGCUUUCCUGAGUUCGACACUAUCAAGGCGGAACAUCUAGCUGGGGCCGACGAAGCAAAUCAUAGAGCGGCCGGCUCUAGCAGAAGACCUGCACGCAGUGACCCCGCCACCGCUAACAAUAAUCGCCGUACCCAGGAGUGGAAAUUCCCCGUAAUGUCACCAACGGCUUGCGAGGAUUCAGAGUCAUUACGCCAUGAGUCCCCACAAUCACCUAGAACACCAGGAUCCAGUGAUCGCCCUCCCUUGGUCCAUUAUCCCACGGAACCAGCUGGAUUCGGAGGCGGCCUGAUGACUCCUCAGAGGAAUACGAACCGUACAUCAAUGCAGUCGCUUAUUGAUCUAGAUAUGAGCAUACCUGAACCCUUACCUGAACUUACUCGACCAUCGACUGCCAAUUCUGAGGUAGGAUCGGCUGCAAGUGGCCAAAUGACACCAGGUAUUCCUUUCGAUCUCGAGAACCACCCAUCAUUGUAUCGAUCAGACAAAGGCAAAGAGAGAGAGCCCUCCAUUUACGUUACGGAUGAUUAUCCGGUGGCCACUCCUUUUCGUACAGAACAGGCUAAUCCAGACUUUGCCAGAGCACCUGACUAUUUUGUAUCAAGUGGAGGAUCAGGCUCAAGGAGUACGUUCGAGCGCUUAAGGGCUACAUUCGAUCGUGAUGAGGUCAAGAGACAUGACGGACCAGGACUUGCUCAAUCGGGCCAUCUCCCAAAGCCAUCUCCGCCGCCCACCUCGCAGAAUGCUUCCGCUCCACGCCCAGAACGAGCUUACACAAUGGAACGCUUCCCUGAUCUACCUCCACCACCAUCCAGUGCCGCUUUAUCCGGUACGCUGUCAAACGAUGAGAUGGUACACGAGAUGACGAGGAUGCUUGAUGGUCUAUCAGGACAAUUGGAAGCUUUCCGCGACGUCUAUAACUCACCAGCCAUUGCUCAGGGAAGAAACCGCUCUAGACACUUUAGCUCAGAUGCUCCUGGCAACAAUCCAAAGUCUUGAACAUCACCUUUUGCUUCAUAAGGAUGAUUCUACGACCAAGAUUACUACGUUCCACUUCAUGACAAGCCUGGAUCUACUCCACUGGCCACUGUAUGAACUCCAAUG